AUGGACACCUCGUUUGCCGUCAAGGUCAUCCGGUGGACCAAAGACUAUUCGGGCGAUGACCCUUUCACCACGCCCAUCCUCUUGCAGGACGCCAACGGACCGUGCCCGCUUAUUGCGCUCGUCAACCUGCUACUUAUCAAGAACGAUAUUCUCCAUCACAAGUGGCAUCAUGACUGGGCGUCGGUGCCUGCCGACGUCAAGGCCCGGAUGGCUCGAAUAGACGAGUUCAACCAGCAGUUGAUGAAGCACGCGACGCUGCUGCAAAAGAUUAGCCUUAACGAGCUUUUGACUCACUUGGGGGACCUCGUGCUCUUUUUCAGCCAAAAUACCAUGGUCGACAUCGACCAGGUGCUUAACCAGCUCCCGCGAUUGCAUACGGGACUCGACGUUAACCCCAACUUGAUUAAUGGGACAUUCGCCGGCAACGACUUGGCACUGACGCUUUUUGGCAUCUUCGACCUCAAAUUCCGCCACGGGUGGUGUGUGAAUCAGGUAGAUCCAGAAACCGAUGAAUGGCCUCAUGAUUACAACUAUGAAACGACUGUGGACACGUUAUACCGUCUUCAGACGUUCGACCGCGCCCAAGAUUUCCUCCUCAGCAGCGACGACGACGCUGCCAAACAGCUUGUAAACAAGUGGUUGGAUGUCAAUCGUACUCAGCUCACUAAUAACGGUUUACUGCGGCUCAAUAUCGACGCGGCUGAUGAUGAAGUGCUCGUGUUUUUCCGUAAUAACCACUUCAACACCCUCUAUAAACGGGGAAACCACGAGUUUUACCUCUUGGUCACCGAUAUGCUGGUGCAGAAGCUGAACAAGAUCAUCUGGCAGCUGCUCAAUCUGAUUCUGGGACUGGACGACUUAUUUUUCACGGGGGAGUUCUACCCGGUGCUUGAAAUGGAUGACACUAAUGACGCUGACACCGAUUUAGCUAAGCAGCUCCAGCAGGAAGAAGAUGCCGCUCUUGCCCGUAAAAUGCAAGAUCAGUACGACAAAAAGCCUAGAGGUAUGCGCCUGCGGAUGCAAAUACGGCGGAAAGAGAAGGGAGCUCAGGACCCAGCACCUAGCCUGAUGCUUAUCGACGACGAAGAUCCUCCUGAAGAGUCGAUGAUCCCGAAACCUAAGUCAAUGUCGACUCCACCGACCAAGCGAGUGGUGAAAGCAGCCCUGCCAGCAGCGGCCCCUGCAGCAUCGUCAUCAAAGAAGAAAAAGGUGUGUGUAAUCAUGUAA